CCGUUGCGCACAUGUGCGAUGACAAUGGCGCUAUAUAUAUAGGUAGAGUCUCCUUUGACGCUUCAUAUCCGUUUCAAAGCCACGCUAUCCAAUCUCUAUCUCCCCUUACCUAGCUCUCCCGUUCUAGAUCUCGGUAUUCUCUGUAUAAUUUCAUUCAAAGAAGAAGUAGUUGGAGGUUUUCUCGAUUGUAAGCAAUAAUGGGGCUAGACGAUCAGAUUGAGAGAAUGCAGUUGCGUCAAAGUUAUAGGAAUGUCUGGCACAGCGAUCUCAUGGGCACCGUAGUUGAAGAUACUCCUUAUUGCCUGUUCGCGUUUCUUUGUGGACCAUGUUCUUCAUAUAUGCUGCGCAGACGAGCUCUUUAUAAUGAUAUGUCGAGGUAUAUAUGCUGUGCUGGCUAUGUUCCAUGCAGUGGCAAGUGUGGAGAAAGAAACUGCCCUGAAUUUUGUCUUUGCACCGAGGUCUUCUGUUGCUUCGCGAAUUCAGUUGCCUCAACACGCUUCCUCUUGCAAGAUGAGUUCAAUUUACAAACCACACAAUGCGACAAUUGCAUCAUUGGAUUCAUGCUCUGCCUGCAGCAAUUGGCAUGUAUAUGUUCCUUGAUUGCUUGCAUAACUGGAAGUGAUGAAAUUGGAGACCUAGCUGAUAUGUUGACCUGUUUGUCUGACUUGGUUUUUUGCUCGGUUUGCCCAUGCAUUCAGACCCAGCACAAGCUUGAAAUGGACAAAAGAGAUGGUAAGCUUGGGCCACUGCCUGUUAUGGAGGUGCCUCCAGUGCAGCAAAUGUCACGUAUUGAUCAGCAGAUUCCUCCGCCUGUGGGCUAUGCACCACAACCGGUAUAUGGACAGCCUUAUGGACAACCUUACGGUCAGCCUCCGCCCCCCUAUGCUCAAGGUUAUCCUCCUGCUGUUUACCCUCCACCUGCAUAUCCACCAACCGGUGCAUAUCCACCACCACCACCACCGCCUGGUGCUUAUCCCCCAGCUAGCUACCCCAAGUGAUGUGGAAAGGGAUAUUAGUGAUAAGAAAGUAGUAUUGGCUCUAAAUUUAAGUUUACACUUGGAUUAAAUAUUUACUUACUAAAAUUUAAACGUAGGAUUUACUUGUUGCCCAUUUAUAGCUAUAACAUUUUACUGGUUUAGCAAUUGUGUUUAUUAAAAUUUUCCAGUAAUCAUAUGCUUAGGUUAUUUUUACUCAUUGCCUAUAUAUAGUUAACGACAGUUUACUGUUU